GCCGCCACACGCCAUAGCCGAUAUAUGGACAAUGGAGCAAUACUCGCCUACCUAUGAGUGCUCUGAAGAUACCCCGCCAUAUACUCUGCAUACUGAAGUAAUGAAGGGUACAGCAGAAAAGCAAUGUGUGUCAGAAAAUAAACGACGCAAGGCGAGUUUUGCACAUCAAAAUGACAGCAUGCCUCCACCGGGCGCCCAGACACCUGCAUCGAUGGUGGACCCAUGGCCAUCCCCGAAACAGAGCUAUAAGAACCAACCAGCUAGAUAUGAUGCAGUACCCAGCAAUGUGCGCUCAUAUGGCCCAUUAGGAUCGCACGGCAUGCCAGUUGACAUGCCUGAUUUGGUAUCUGAUGGCUACCCACGACAUACCAUGGCAUUCGCUUUGCCCCAGUCUCGUCGGAUUGCACUACGGCGCUUGCCUGGUAACACUACGGGCAGGUGCGCUACUGCCAAGGAAGAAGACGAUGAUGAUAUUGGCGCCAUAUUCUGCGUUUACCCGAGCCCAAGGUCAAGGAAUAGCGAAGUCUAUUCGGUUGCUGGUGAAUUUGCGAUGCUAUGCAUCCAAGGUGAUGGUCCUUGACAUUCAGUAUGGCUAUCUUUUGCGGGGAGCAGCUAGUCGGCCACAGUCACAGCCACACCAAGCGAUGACUCAAUCUUCCGCACCUGCUACUGCUGCGCUACGGUUCUGACAGCGC